AUGUUGAGUGAAACGCCAUGGAAACGAAAUAGAAGAAGCAACAAAUGCCUACCAACUGAUGAGGGGCUAACGAAUGACAACCUCUGUGGCCUAUCUCUGGACCCUAGAGUCCCAGACCAUGGAACCGGUCAAAAGAAGACAGUAGUCAACCACCGUCUUUUUGUGAUGGAAGCAGUCAAAAGAAGACAGAGGACACCAAAAAGUCCUUCGAUUUACAACUCAGAUUCUUCGCCAUCCGGCGACCUCGACCUCUCUCCGGAGAAUCUCGAGCUUUGUUCUCUUUCAUUCCUCCCGUAUUCAACUUCACAUUUUUCCAGCCAGCUAUCAAACGGAGCACUGUGUGCAAUUCUUGAUUUUGCUAAUGAUCAAUAUUCUAUUGGAGACAUUAAAUUUGAGACUUUUUGGGUUGAGUAG